UUUAACUGUCUUUGAUCUGGAUACAACCUGAGUCUCGCACAAGCUUUACUGGAUUCUGACCAACCCCACGUUCAGAGCUAAAUCCACCACCAGCUUUCACCCACCCCCCAGAGGACAGACGCUUGUCAACUUGUGCGAGUAUCUUCAUAACAGGGAAUGUGGAGAUCAAGUCCUGCUCCUCUCCGGGUAGCGGGCACACGAACUGGACCUUGUUCCUAAUAUUGUAGGCUGGAGUUAGGAACAAAGUAUAAUCGAGUAUUUCUUAACUCUUUUAAGUGGGUCAACUAGGUGACAUGAAGUGGGGUUUGGUGCUGGUGGAGUUACUGCUGUCCUUUGGCUAUCUGUGUUGGGGCAAAAAGGGCCUAGAAGUCCCCGAAUAUGACGGGCUGGAUCGCGUCCAUGAACUUACCGACAAAAACUACAAGUUUGUGAUGAAGCAAUACAGUGUCAUGGUGAUCUACUACCACAAACCUAUCGGUGUGGACCGCAUGGCCAAAAAGCAGUUUGAGAUGGAGGAACUCGCUUUGCAGUUGCUAACAAGUCCCGCCGCUCUCACCUACCAGCUUGCUGCUCAAGUGCUCGAUGAUUACCAAGAAGAAGAAAUUGGAUUUGCCCUGGUGGACUCAAAGAAAGACGCUGCUGUUGCCAAGAAGCUGGGUCUGGAUGAGGUGGACAGCAUCUACAUAUUUGCUGACAAUGAGAUCGUGGAGUAUGAUGGAGAACUGGCAGCCGAUACUCUUGUGGAAUUCCUUUAUGAUGUCAUUGAGGAACCUGUGGAGAUCAUCUAUAAUGAGAGAGAGCUCAAAGGGUUUUAUAAUAUCGAUGAUGGCAUUAAACUGAUGGGCUUCUUCAAGAGUGCAAGAUCUCCACACUUUAUUGAGUAUGACGACGCAGCGGAGGAAUUUCAUCCUUUCAUCAAGUUUUUUGCCACCUUUGAGCCAAAGAUUGCUAAAAAAUUAAACCUGAAGCUGAAUGAAGUGGAUUUCUUUGAACCUUUCAUGAAGGACCCUAUCACCAUCCCCGGCAGUCCUUACAAAGAAAACGACAUAGUCAGCUACAUCGAGCAACACCACCGUCCAACUCUAAGAAAAAUGGAGCCUCACAGCAUGUAUGAGAUCUGGGAAGAUGACAUUAAUGGACAACACAUUGUCGCCUUUGCUGAAGAGUCUGACCCUGACGGUUAUGAGUUCCUGGAAAUCCUAAAAGAGGUGGCUCAAGACAACACAGACAACCCUCACUUAAGCAUCACCUGGAUUGAUCCAGACGACUUCCCGCUGCUGGUGCCAUACUGGGAGAAUACCUUUGGCAUUGACCUGUCAUCGCCUCAGAUUGGAGUGGUGGACGUGGAGGAUGCCGACAGUGUGUGGAUGGACAUGGAUGAUGAAGAGGACAUGCCCACAGCCGAGGAGUUGGACACCUGGAUCGAAGAAGUGAUGGCAGGCAGAAUCCACCCUGAUGAUGAUGACAAUGAUGAUGAUGAUGAUGACGAUGAUGACAAUGACAACAACGAUGAUGACGACGAUGAUGAUGACGACGACGAUGAUGACGACGACGAUGAUGACGACGACGAUGAUGACGACGACGAUGAUGACGACGACGAUGAUGACGACGACGAGGAUGACGACGACGACGAUGACGACAACGAUGAUGAUGACGACGAUGAUGACGAUGAUGAAUAAAUCCUGUCUCUAUCUCAGUCAACACAAUGUCAUCAUAUGCAGAUGUCCACAGUGAUUUAGUCUGAAACUCUAAAGUCUAUCCAGUUUCACAUCAUCACUGAACUGUUUGCUAAUGAAAACUUCUUUGCAUGGUCAUUAGUAUGCAAACUCAUUCUUCAGGAAAUAAACAUCACAUUCAAGUUUGUUCGUGUUUAUGUACGAGCCAAAGAUGUGGUAAACUGUCUAACAACUGAUUGCAUAAAAGUUUUAUUUUAUGAGAGAACAGAUUAAUUCAUCCUCACUAUAAAGUCUUAACCUUCGACACACUGGGAUGUCACUGGAAAAUUAAAAAGUUACAAAAGA